GGUAGCCCGCAAUCACAAUCUAAACAAAUCUUGGACGCUAAGAUCCAACAACUUCUCAACCUCCACCUCAAGAACUUUUCUUCUCAAGAACAUCGCCACGAGACAAAAUCUCUUACACCCCAAGAGAUACAUUCCUUUCUUUUAUCAACCUACUCAAGUAAUUUAAAAGAAUCGAAAAGAUGUCGGACAUUCCAAAGAAAAACAACCCCCAAACCGCCCCAACUCCUCAAAAUACCCCAAUGAACAACGCUCCUAUUUCAUCGCAUGCUCAGCAACCUGGUGUUGGCACGAUCAAGGAAGAGGAGUUCGACCGCGCUACAGCAGCCUCCAUUUUCGCACAAAACCCAAAACUUGUCGAAAUGAUUCAAGGAAAGCUUGGCUCCCUUGUAGGCCGUUCAUCCGGUUAUGUCGAGUCCCUCCCUACACCCGUUCGUCGUCGCGUUGCCGGCCUCAAGGGCGUUCAAAAAGAACAUUCGAAGUUAGAGGCCGAAUUCCAAGAAGAGGUAUUGGAGCUUGAGAAGAAGUACUUCGCCAAGUUCACUCCUCUUUACCAGAAGAGAGCUAAGAUCGUUAACGGUGAAGUCGAGCCUACCGAGGAGGAGAUUAAGUCGGGUGAGGAGGACGAUGAAGAGCACGACGCAGAGCAAGCCGAAAAGGUCGAUGAGUCCGCUGAGAAGAUUUCCGGUAUCCCAGAAUUCUGGCUGUCCGCCAUGAAGAACCAAGUUUCGCUUGCCGAGAUGAUCACAGAUAGAGAUGAGGCCGCCCUUAAGGACUUGACCGAUAUCCAAAUGGAAUACCUUGACAAACCAGGUUUCCGUUUGAUUUUCCAAUUUGCCGACAACGAGUUCUUCACUAACAAGACAAUCACCAAGACUUACUUCUAUCAGAACGAGAGUGGCUACGGUGGAGACUUCAUCUACGACCACGCUGAGGGUGACAAGAUCAACUGGAAGGAAGGCAAAGAUUUGACUGUCCGAGUUGAGAGCAAGAAGCAACGCAACAAGAACACAAAGCAAACCCGUGUUGUUAAGAAGACAGUCCCAACAGAGUCCUUCUUCAACUUCUUCUCCCCACCAAAGGCACCUACCGACGAAGACGAUGAUGACUUGGCUUCGGAUAUCGAGGAGCGCCUUGAGCUUGAUUACCAGUUGGGUGAGGAUAUUAAGGAGAAGCUUAUUCCACGUGCAAUCGAUUGGUUCACUGGUGAGGCACUUCAAUUCGAGGAAUUGGAUGACGAUUUGGAGGAAGGCGAUUUUGAGGAUGAAGACGAUGAGGAAGAUAUGAGUGAAGACCGUGAUGAUGAUGAAGAUGAGUCGGAUGAGGAUGAUGAUGCUGCAAAGCCCAAGCAAGAGGCUGCUGAGUGUAAGCAGAGUUAAAUGAAGUUUUGAGGGUUAUCGACAUUUUCACUCCCUGACUACCUUUCCAAAAGAACGACGUUCUUGGCCUAAGAGUACCUCCGAAGUGCUUUUGGCACAUAAAGUCGUUCAGGAAGCAUAGUCCGCAAUUGCAUAGGUGUUUUUCCAAACUGCAUUUUUGAUCCGGUAUUUUACUCGCUUCUAUUAGAAUAGCCUAAUUGCUUAAGAAGCUUACAUCCCUUCCAUAUUUUUGAUCUCUAUUUUCCACUGGUAAUUCCCAUGGAGUAUGUAGAUUUCUUCCUAGGAAAAGUCAAAUGACAAUCACGAUUCCAUUCAAGUCCACAUUAGUUUCUGCAUUUGUGAGGAAAAUAAAUAGACAGAGGUUGUUCA